GCCUCCGCGCACUUCUCUCCUGACAUGCACGGAUUCUUUGACUUUUUUAUGUUAAGAAUGAUUUUUAAUUAAAACUAGGUCAAACUGCUGUUGGGUGAGGUGUCUUCAGAGAGUGACGGAUAAUCGGGUGUUUAAUCCGCUGGCAGAUGCGUGUUUGCAUCAGAUCCCCGGCACAAGAUUUAAUCAUUUCCUCGCUGUACCGAAGAGCAAAGACGUUGUCGAGGUCGACUGCUGCCAGCUUUGAAGUUAAUCUUCACCACGGACCCAUGUCUGCGCUCGGUUGAGCCCGUGCGCGCGCUCUCGGUCUCUCGGUACCGGUGCGUCCUGAGAGCUCCGAGGGAGGGAUGCUCAUCCACGGUGACUUAUUCUGGAAAGUGAUGCCCAGUUAGCACCUAUGGAUGUGAGGAUGGGUGACUCCCUCCAGUAGCCUACGAGUGAGUGGAAACUAUUCCUGUAUGGAUACAAACAGAAGCAGGAGAUGGAUGUUGAAUGUUCCUCCUGCAGGUGCAGCAUGUUGAAGGGGACAGGUGUGAGCUUCAUCCUGCUGUGUCUGAUGGCAGAAGUCAGCCUCAGCGCACAGCAGGUCUUGAGGAUCGGUGGGAUUUUCGAGACACUUGAGAAUGAACCUAUUAGUGUGGAAGAACUUGCCUUCAAAUUUGCUGUAACCAACAUUAACAGAAACAGGAGUUUAAUGCCCAACACCACCCUCACCUACGACAUCCAGAGAAUCAACCUGUUCGACAGCUUCGAGGCCUCCAGACGAGCAUGUGAUCAGCUGGCUCUUGGUGUGGCUGCUGUGUUCGGGCCGUCCCACAGUUCUUCAGUGAGUGCGGUUCAGUCCAUCUGCAACGCUCUGGAGGUUCCCCACAUCCAGACCCGCUGGAAACACCCGUCUGUAGACAACAAGGACAGUUUCUACAUCAACCUGUACCCAGACUACGCCUCCAUCAGCCGUGCCGUACUCGACAUCGUGCAGUUCUACAAGUGGAAAGCAGUGACGGUGGUGUACGAGGACGCAACAGGGCUAAUUCGUCUUCAGGAGUUGAUCAAGGCUCCGUCUCGCUACAGCAUCAAGAUCAAAAUCCGACAGUUACCGACGGGAAGUAAAGAUGCUCGGCCGCUUCUUAAAGAAAUGAAGAAGGGGAAAGAGUUUUGUGUCAUCUUUGACUGCUCGUACCAGACCGCAGCAGACGUCCUCAAACAGCUCUUGUCUAUGGGCAUGAUGACUGAAUAUUACCAUUUCUUCUUUACCACUCUGGAUCUGUUUUCGCUGGACCUGGAGCCGUACCGAUACAGCGGCGUGAACAUGACGGGUUUCCGUCUGCUCAACAUCGACCAUCCUCGUGUGGCGUCAGUGGUGGAGAAAUGGUCCAUGGAGCGACUGCAGGCUCCCCCCAAACCUGAGACCGGCCUGCUGGACGGAAUGAUGACAACUGAAGCAGCGCUGAUGUAUGACGCUGUGUAUAUGGUGGCAGCUGCGUCCCAGCGAGCGUCUCAGGUCACCGUCAGCUCACUGCAGUGUCACCGACACAAACCCUGGCGCUUCGGCUCGCGAUUCAUCAGCAUGCUCAGAGAGGCUCAGUUGAACGGACUGACUGGACAGAUCAUGGUAAACAAGACAGACGGCCUGAGGAAAGACUUCGACCUCGACAUCAUCAGUCUGAAAGAGGACGGCAUGGAAAAGAUCGGUGUGUGGAACUCAAACACAGGCCUUAACCUGACAGACAGCAACAAAGACAAAAACAGCAACAUCACCGACUCCAUGGCCAACCGCACGCUCAUCGUCACCACAAUACUGGAAAACCCAUAUGUGAUGUACAAGAAGUCAGAUAAGCCUCUGUAUGGGAACGACCGGUUUGAAGGCUACUGUUUGGAUCUCCUGAAGGAGCUGUCCAACAUCCUGGGAUUUUCCUAUGAAGUCAAGCUGGUGUCCGAUGGGAAAUACGGAGCUCAGAAUGACAAAGGAGAGUGGAACGGCAUGGUCAGAGAGCUGAUCGAUCAUGUGGCAGAUUUGGCCGUGGCGCCGCUCACCAUUACUUACGUACGAGAGAAAGUCAUUGAUUUUUCCAAGCCCUUCAUGACUCUGGGAAUCUCUAUUCUCUACCACAAACCCAAUGGCACCAAUCCAGGCGUCUUCUCCUUCCUGAACCCACUCUCUCCAGACAUCUGGAUGUAUGUGCUGCUGGCCUGCCUCGGGGUCAGCUGUGUGCUGUUUGUCAUUGCCAGGUUCACCCCGUAUGAAUGGUACAACCCUCAUCCCUGCAACCCUGAUUCAGAUGUUGUUGAGAACAACUUCACCUUAAUCAACAGCGUUUGGUUUGGUGUUGGAGCUCUUAUGCAGCAAGGAUCGGAGUUGAUGCCCAAGGCUUUGUCCACCAGGAUUGUUGGAGGUAUCUGGUGGUUCUUCACCCUCAUCAUCAUCUCGUCCUACACGGCUAACCUGGCCGCCUUCCUCACCGUGGAGCGAAUGGAUUCGCCCAUAGACUCGGCCGAUGAUUUGGCCAAACAGACCAAGAUUGAGUACGGUGCUGUGAGGGAUGGCUCCACUAUGACUUUCUUUAAGAAAUCCAAGAUCUCCACCUAUGAGAAGAUGUGGGCGUUCAUGAGCAGCCGGAAGAACACGGCGCUGGUGAAGAACAACAGAGAGGGAAUCCAGCGCGUGAUGACCACAGAUUACGCUCUUCUGAUGGAGUCCACCAGCAUCGAGUACAUCAGCCAGAGAAACUGCAACCUCACGCAGAUCGGAGGACUCAUCGACUCAAAGGGCUACGGAGUCGGCACUCCUAUUGGUUCCCCGUACCGUGACAAGGUGACCAUCGCCAUCCUGCAGUUACAGGAGGAGGGGAAGCUGCACAUGAUGAAGGAGAAGUGGUGGCGAGGAAACGGCUGUCCCGAGGAGGACAGUAAAGAGGCCAGCGCUCUGGGAGUGGAGAACAUCGGAGGAAUCUUCAUCGUGCUGGCGGCCGGACUCGUCCUCUCUGUGUUCGUGGCCAUCGGCGAGUUCAUCUAUAAAUCCAGGAAGAACCUGGACAUCGAGGAGGUGAGCGUGGGACACUGUGAAUGGCACAAUAAAUACUGAUGGACAACACAGGACUUCUUCAGAGGACAUCAGUGGGAGUUUAAUAAAGUACUUUUGCUCCUCCACCUUAUUGAAAACAGAUAUACUUUUGACUAAACAACACUUAAAUGAUGUCAGCCGUGUGAAAAUUGGUGGCGACGUUGGACACUGAGUGAACUUUUUUUUAAACAUUUUUCAUUUUCAGAUGGACAAACAAUAAGAUGAAAAGUAUCUGUCAUUAAAAUAUGAAUGAAGACAGGAAAUGUAAGUUUGCAGUUCAACAAUAACACCAGUUACUAUAUUGUAGAGUAGUUCACAUCCAUGUCUUUUUAGAUUGAAAGACUUGAACGUUUUAUUUUUUACAGACAUAUUCCUCCUUAAUUUAUGACAAGACAUGUCUGUGAGUUUUAUUAUAGGUGAUGUGUGUAUUUUUUCCAUGUUAAAAUGAGUCAAUUAUACAUCAUUCAUUCAUAGGUUGAUCUUCCCGAAGAGUGCAAAACAACAUUAUCCUGUUUUACGUAUUUUGUUUUAAAUAUUACAAUUUAUUGCAAUUAUGGGGAAGUUGGUGCUUCAAAAGAAGAAAGGAUACAUUUAUUUGGAAAAAUGGGUUGGUUUUAUGUCUUUUUCAGUAAAAGCAUUUUUACAGUAAAGUCUUCACAAGAAUUUACAUUUCCUUCUGGCUACUUUUAUCAAGAGCAUAUUAACUGAGACUGAUAGUAUAGCAUUAAAAUAUUAUCAGUUUCUCAAAAUGAGCUUAGAGCUGUUUCUCGCUGCACAGUAAUGAUGAUUCAUUUGUUAUUUUAUGCAAUGUUACUCUGUUCUAGCAUGCAUGAAAUGUCAAAUAGUAGAUGGGAAACCAUUUUUGCAUUCCCAUUUGAUGAUGUAGGAAUUACACAGGCCUACUUCACUUUGAAAGACUCAUUCUGACUGUCUUAGCCUUUCUCUUAUGAAAUGACUUAUUUUAUUUAACGACUGUGGGUAAUAUUUGUCUUAAAACUGUGUUAUAUGAAUCCUUUUUUAAUAGUAACGAGCAAACUGUCUACAAUGCAGAUUUAACAUGCAGAACCAGCAUUACAAUUGAAAAUGUUGAGUGAAGUGACAAAAUCAUAACUGAACAGAGCAAUGUUUCAUAUCCAGUGUGAUGUGGAUUCUGCGCAACACAAGUAAAUGUUUGUCAUGGCUCUUUUUUGGUUAAAGCUGGUUACAAAAAAACCUCUGAUUAACAGGCAGGUUACAUUUUACAGGUGCAAGUAAAUUUUUUCAUCAUUUCUGCUUUUGUAUUGUUUGACACUUACGAAAAUGCAUAUAAAUAUUUUAUCACUUUUAAAUUA